CAGCAGCUGAGGAAACUUGAUAGCACUCCAUUCCCUUCUCUUCUCCUCUUCCCUUUUUCUUAAUCUCCCUCUCUUCUUCUCUCUAUCCCUCUCUCAUUCUCCAGCAGCGAUGUAGUUCUCUCUCAAACUUUACCAGCUGUUUGGCAAUGAAGUCUUGACUGAGAUCCAUCACGCCUGGACAUCUAUGGAUUCGUUCCCUGCUUCUUUUUGAGAUCUUUCCAGAGUCGCCUCUUUCUUCAUUCUGUCUUCUGUUUACAUUGUCGUGUCGGUGGGUUUGGACCAUGGCCAUGAAGGAAACCAUACUCCCUAUCAGCGAGGUGUCGAGUCCGCACCCGGAGGUCGUGGAACUCAACGUCGGUGGCCAGGUGUACGUCACCAAGCGCUCCACCCUGGUCAGCGUACCUGACACCACCCUCCACACCAUGUUCACGCGGUGCAGCCUGCAUGAGUUGCCCCGUGACAGCCGAGGGCGCUUCUUCAUCGACCGCGACGGGUUCUUGUUCCGAUACGUGCUGGACUUCCUACGGGACCGGCAGCUCGUGCUACCGGAACACUUCCCGGAGCGGGAACGUCUUCAGCGUGAGGCCGAGCACUUCCAGUUGGGGGAACUGCUUAGACUUUUGGGCCCACGUGUAGCCAAGCAAGGCUCGCUCAAUGACGAAGGCUGCCAGAGCGACAUUGAGGAAAGUUCGCAGAGUAGCGAGUUGGUGACUCGAACUGGAAACUGCGCCACCAACUACGCGACUUCCUCUUCUGCCCUGGACAAGAGAUCUGGGUUUAUUACGAUAGGUUAUCGGGGAUCCUACACAAUGGUGAGGGAUAACCAAGCUGAUGCUAAGUUUCGCCGUGUGGCACGGAUCAUGGUCUGUGGGCGUAUCGCCCUGGCGAAGGAAGUGUUCGGAGACACUCUAAAUGAAAGUCGAGAUCCGGACCGUCCACCAGAGAAGUACACCUCCCGCUUCUACCUGAAGUUCACCUACCUGGAGCAAGCAUUCGACAGGUUGAGUGAGGCUGGGUUCCAGAUGGUGGCCUGCAACUCAACUGGAACGGCUGCAUUCGUUAACCAGUACAGAGACGACAAGAUCUGGAGCAGCUACACUGAGUACAUCUUCUUUAGACCAGCCUGCAAGUCAGCAUCCCCUAAACUGGAGCGUGAGGAGCCCAAGUCCGAAAAACUGCUGGAUAAGGCCAGCGAGAGCGGAGCCUCAUUGAACGAGCUCUCCACAUCCAGCUCCGAGACCCACUCAGAAGCCACGUCCCCCCAGGACGGGGGUCCCAUCUUGGUGUCACGCGGUGAGGUUGUGGGGGGCUCGCUGGCCCCGUGUGGCGCCCUGCACUCUGUUUCUCGACCUCCAAGCACUCUUACUCUGGGCCGACCGCCCAAGAAAGGUUCCUCGGUGCAGUGGAUGGAGCUGCCGGAUAAGAGGAGGAACAGCGAGCUGUUCCAGUCCCUCACCAGCGGGGUUGGUCCGCGGGAAGGUGUGGGAAGUGGUCUGACCCGGAGGAAGACUCUGGAGAGGCCCAGCGUGGAGGAGGAAAUGAAACAGUGUAUCCGAGAUUUCCGAAAGAUCAAGAUCCCUCCGGCGUUCCCAGAGCGCAAAAGGCAGUGGCAGUCAGAACUGCUUCAGAAAUACGGCCUUUAAAGGAAACUCAGGAUAGGCGACUGGUUUAAACUAUCCAACUGAUUCACAAUCUCGCACAAUAGAUUGCCCAACAGACUUUAAAGUCCUCAAAGGCCUUGAUUCACACUGAGAAACCAAACGAUUGAGUAUCAGAAAAGAGAAGGAAGGAACUUGAGCCAAUGAAACAUGUUCCACUUUGCUCCAUUUUUGUUCAGAUUGACAGCACCAUUCAUAUCUUUGAACUAGACUUUAAAAACCUACCAAAAAGUGGUGAUGGAGCACAUUUCGAUGAAAAGCCAUUCCAUCUAGAGUCAUCUAUAUAAACCUUUCCAUUGUCCAGAAGGUCUGCACACAGGGCUCAUAGUAUAAACUACUGAACUGACAGACAGCGUCGGCUAUCUUAUGUAGCCAAAGUGGGAAGUAAAUUCUUGUUGUGUCCAAAAGAGAGAUGUCACUGUGCAUUAACUAAUUGUUCAGUUUGGUUCUAUACAAAUGAUGCAGAUUUAAUGUAAAUGCGGUUGUCUCAACCUACCUUUGUUUCAAAGAUUAAUUUAGUUGUAGAUGAAAUGGUCUGUCUUCUGUAUACAUAUAUUAGGGCUACCAAACUAUUUAAAAUGUUAAUCAGAUUACCAUAUGCUGAUUAGUUCA